AUGUACCCUUCAAAGCUUUCUUAUCGCAAGGAUCAUAAACCACCAUCUCUGCUACAUUGCAACAUCUCUCGUCUCGAUAAAAACACACUGGCUAACCGACAACUCCUGCAGAAGAACGUGAAGGCCCCGGAUGAUGUCUGCAACAUCUCCCUGGGGGACAAAGAGCACAAGUCCGAGGCCCGCAAGAGAAAGAGAAGCGGGUACGAAUGUAAGGAGGAGGAAGAGAAGGACUAA